AAUUGUAACUGUUUAUAUUUUUAAACAAACCGUCAAAUUUUUUAUCAAACGUCACCGAUUAAUCAUAUACCAAAUCCUUGAAAAUUAGAGCAUUCUGCUUUAUCAUGAAUAAUAAUUAAGCAAUUAGAAUACGUCAGAGGUCGCAUUUAAAUUAGUGAACUCACAGAUCGUAUAGCAUGAUUACGAGAAGCUCAAGUGUCCUGGUCAGGAAUAUUAGGUGGAUAUUCAACGCUCCUGCACAACGAAAAAUGUCGGCUCAAACUCAACAGGACGAUGUUAUACUAAAGGAACAGUGCAAAGCAGGAAUCAUCGUGUUGAACAGGCCGAAGGCUCUAAACGCUCUAAAUCUAUCAAUGAUCGAGAAGAUCCUGCCGAGCUUGAAGCAAUGGGAAUGCGACAAAUCCCUGGUGAUAGUGAAGGGGGCGGGAGAGAAGGCCUUCUGCGCCGGCGGCGACGUCAAAACGGUCAUUCUGGAAGGCAUGGCUGGUCGCAGAGAAGUGGGAUUUGAAUUCUUCAAAAAAGAAUAUUUCAUGAACGGUUUAAUCGGCUGCUAUAAAAUCCCCUAUAUUGCCAUCAUCGACGGCAUCGUAAUGGGCGGAGGAGUGGGCUUAUCGGUGCAUGGAAAGUACCGAGUAGCCACCGAGCGGACUCUAUUCGCCAUGCCCGAGACUCAAAUCGGAUUCUUCCCAGAUGUGGGAGGUUCGUACUUCCUAUCGAGGCUACAAGGAAAGUUAGGCUGGUAUUUAGCUCUGACGGGACAACGGUUGAAAGGAGCGGAUGUUCUACACGCCGGUAUAGCCACUCACCUGGUCAACAGCUGCGAUCUCAAAGAAGUGGAAGCGGCCCUGGUAGAGUGCUCCUGUGACGCGGACGUUAAAACAGCCCUAGACGCUUUCUCUAAAAAAGACUUACCGGAUUUCUCUCUACAGCCCCACAUGGCUAAAAUAAACUGCAUCUUCGGCUCGGACAAAGUGGAAGACAUCCUAUCGGGCUUGGAAUGCGACGAUAGCAAAUGGGCGAAGGAAACGAAGGAUCUGCUCAACAAAAUGUCGCCUACCAGUCUGAAAGUGGCCAUGAAGCAGCUGGAUUUGGGCAAGCGUUACAACUUGCAGGAUUGCCUCAAAAUGGAGUACAGCAUGAGCGUGAAUUUCCUGAAAAACAAAGACUUCUACGAAGGCGUCAGGGCGUUGCUGAUCGACAAAGACCAGAAACCCGCGUGGGAUCCCCCCAAAAUCGAAGACGUCACCGAGCAAAUCGUCAACGGCUAUUUCACCGAUCUCCCUAAAUUGAAGAAUAUGAUGUAAAUUUUUUUCCUAUUUUUUGUACAAUAA